AACUUGAACCAACCAAUCCAAUUUGAAAAAAAACCGAACCAACUUAAACUAUAAUCUAAAACUACCCACGGCAUCAUGCAAUCAGUAGAGAGGCGAGACUUCAAACCCACGACCAGUGGCAACGAUGAACGCCAGGGACGGCGGUGAUGCAGAUAGCGCCGAUGGUGGUGAUAGAUGCAGACAGAGCGGCAACUUGCGAGUGAUGUAGAUGCGUUGGGUGAUGGGUGGUAGUUGGGUCUGAAACUCGGGUCUGGUCUAGUGAACUCGAACAGUAAGAACUUAGCUGGAAUGGUGACCCUUACAACAAAUGGGCUGGGUGAUGGGUGAUGGGUGAUGGGUGAUGGGUGAUGAUCGACGACGUUGAGUAAGGCAACCGCCGACAAGCACAAAUACCACUUCUGACGAGUGAGAAUCAAACAGCUGCAAACCUGCACGCAACGCUGGGUUAUUGUUGACGAGUGGCUAAGGCUCGAAUUUGCAAACACAACUAUUUCAACUGGAAGUAGGAUGCACCGUUGAAGUUGACAGCUAGGGUUUCGGCAGGGAUCGAGGCUAGGGUUUUUUUCCUAGGGCCGUUUUACCCUAAUUGUGAGUGCAUCGACGACAAGUUUGACUUCUCUUGAUUCUCAUGGAAUUUACUUGUUUAAGCAAAGGUGGAUGUUUCUAUUUCCCACCAUGUCAUAUGCUCAAUGUUUUUGGGUUUCGAAUCCAAAUUGACUGCCCUAUGGACUUUUCAGCUCUCCCUAUUUUCUCCCCCGUUCCUUUUGAUUUUGAUGUUCUUUCAAAUAAAGAAAUAUCAAGUUAUCCAGGCCAUGGUUCUCUCAAUUUGGAAAAUGUGUCUGAGGAGAAAACUGAAAAGCCACUUGAUGUGGGUUCUUUGAUAAAAGCAGAGCCUUGCUACAAAAUCAUUAAGAACUUGUGCCUCUGGAACCCAUCUUUCACUAAUAUUAUUUUGAUUUCUAGUCCAAUGGGCAUGUUAGGACUACCCUUUUUGACUCGAGAGAAGGGGUUCUGUGCAAAGAUAUAUGCGACAGAAGCAACUGCAAGACUUGGAAAGAUUAUGAUGGAUGACCUUGUUGCAAUGCAUAUGGAAUUCAAACAGUUUUAUGGAUCUGAAGAUGAUGGUAUCUCGCAGUGGAUGAGGCAGGAAGAGCCAAAGCUGCUUCAUCGUGCGCUAAGAGAAGUGGCUUUUGGGCAGGACGGAGCAGACCUUGGGGUUUGGAUGCCCAUGUACAGUGCAGCUGACAUUAAGGAUUGCUUGCAGAAGGUUGAAACUCUUAGAUAUGGGGAAGAAGCAUGCUAUAAUGGUGCGCUAGUUAUAAAGGCAUUCAGCUCUGGUCUUGAAAUUGGCGCUUGUAACUGGACUAUUAAUUGCCCAAAGAGAGACAUUGCAUAUAUUUCAAGUUCCAUCUUUUCUUCCUCUAAUGCAAUGGAUUUUGAUUACCUUGCUCUUCAAGAGGAGACAAUUAUUUAUUCUGAUUGCUCAUCUCUGGAACUUACGAAUGAUGUAGAGAACAAUACAAGAGUACCACUUAUAGACAACUUAUUGGCGCUCAGUAAUGAGGAACCUUUGGCUAAUUUAUUGUGUGAUCCUGCUGAGACCAUGGAUGAAUUAGAAAAACUUUCAUUUAUCUGUUCUUGUGCUAUCCAAUCCGUUGAAUCUGGUGGUUCAGUCCUUAUUCCUAUCAAUCGAUUUGGUUUAACCCUACAACUUCUAGAGCAGAUAUCAGCUUCACUAGAUUAUUCAAAUCUGAAGGUUCCUAUAUAUUUGAUUUCUUCUGUAGCCGAGGAGUUGUUGGCAUUUGUCAAUGUUAUACCAGAAUGGUUAUGCAAGCAAAGACAACAAAAGUUAUUUUCUGGAGAGCCAAUGUUUGCAUUUGAUGAGCUCCUUAAAGAGAAAAAGCUUCAAGUAUUUCCUGCUGUUCAUUCACCCAAAUCAUUAUUAAACUGGCAGGAACCAUGUAUUGUAUUUUGUCCUCACUGGAGCUUACGACUUGGUCCGGUGGUCCACUUGCUUCAACGUUGGUGUGGGGAUCCUAGCUCUUUACUUGUUCUAGAGAAGGGACUUGAUAUUGAGCUUGCUCUCUUACCGUUUAGGCCAAUGACUAUGAAGGUCCUUCAAUGUUCAUUCCAAUCUGGUAUAAAGUUGGAGAAGGUACGACCGUUGCUGAAGGUCUUGCAGCCAAAAGUUGCCGUGCUUCCUGAGAAUUUGAGCCGGCUGAUCAAUACAAAUACAGAAUCAUUCACGGUCUUUUCGUACUCUGAAGGCGAAACCUUACGUGUACCAAACUUGAAAGACAGUUUAGAAUUAGAGAUCACUUCAGACUUGGCUACGAGUUUCUGUUGGCGAAAGUUGCAUCAAGGAAAUAUAAACAUCGCAAGAUUGAAAGGAGAGCUCUCAUUAAAUUGUGGGAAAUUCAAGUUGUUCCCUGAAAAUACGCAAGUAGACACGGAGCAGAGGCCACUAAUACACUGGGGUCGGCCAGAUUUGGAAAAGCUUCUGACUCUGUUAUCGAAGAUGGGCAUUGAGGAUUCUCUACAGCCAGAAAUAUCUGAUGCUGAGUCGAGCAACGUUCGUGUAAUACGCAUACAUGAUCCUACUAGAGGUGUGAUAGAAAUCCAGGAGUCGAGGACUAUAAUUAGUGUUGCUGAUAAGACAUUAUCUGCUCGAAUUUUCGAUGCUCUAAAUAGUGUCUUGGAUGGAGUUUAGCAAAGACUCGCCUACUUUUAGCAAAUUUACCUUGCACCGGAUGGGUAUGACAUGAAGAGAUGAAGUUUGAAUCGGAAUGGCACAACAAAGUUUCUUGUUCGUUUUUUCUUGGUGUGAUAUAAAAGGAUAAAAGUGCUAUUUAGAUAUGAAUUUAAAAGUCGAAUAACUGAUUA